UAAUAGUAUGAAGUGGAUGAUUUUUGGGUUUAUAUAUAAAUUCUUUGACAAAACAUUCCUCAUGUUAUGCUUUUACUCUUCUUAUAUAGUAUAUCAUAUAAGACUAAAAUAGCAUUCUCUGAAUUGUUCAAUGGAAAAAACAUUAUGUGCCAGUGGUGAUGAAAAAAACUCAAAUCACCAACAACCUGAGGAAAGUGGUUGGACUUGUUACUUUGAAGAUUUAUCUAAAGACAUUGAACAAAGUUACUGUUCUUCUACUUUUGGUGGCUCUUCUUUGGUCUCAGAUGCUGCUUCUUGUGCUUCAUGGAAAUUCUCACAUAAGAAUAAGAAUAUUCAUGUUAAAAACUCACCAUACCUCUCUAAGAAACUCUCUUUGAAGAAAAAAAGAACCAAACAGAUAUUAGAUGAUGACCCUUUGGAGGACACUGCUAGCUCCCCUCUCAAUAGUCCCAAGGUAAGUGACAUGAAUCCAAGAGAAAUGAUUUCAAGGAAGAUUGAUGAUCAAUUAGAUGGCUCUAGGGUAGUCAAUCUGAUUAAUAAUUGAUUUUUUUUUUUUUUUUAUAUAUAAGAAAUGAUAUUGAAAUUUGGAUCACCAUCUUCUAUGUAUAAUUGUUUAUGAUGAUGUAGGACAAGGGAUUUAAAUCAGGGAAUAAUCCAAUGCUAUAGACAAAUGAUUGUGACAUAAAUUUCGGAAUAAAUAUUGAGUACAAAGAUUUUU